AUCACAAUAAUGCGCGAUGUUGAUAAACACAUAGACUUGUGUAAGUUACACAGAAAUUUACGUGAAACGAAAAAUGAUGUUCGGUACAAAAUUACAAAUGUAGUAUGCCGUUUUAAAUCAGUUCGGUAUAUGUAUAUAAUAAAUUCUUAGUGUCUUUCCACAAAUAGGGUUAUUUAUAAAAUUAAAAUUAAACACAAGAUGUUAACUACAGCACUAUUUGUUGCAGUAGCCACCACGGCCUUAUUUUUAUUGUGUAUAUAUAUUCACAGAAAAACUGCCUCUCUUCCAGGGCCAUGGAACUUACCCAUUUUAGGUUGUUUACACAAGCUAGAUACAAAAUUACCUUACUUGACAUUAACGGAACUUGCACAAAAAUAUGGCCCUAUUUAUAGCAUUAAACUAGGAUUACUGGAAGCAGUCGUUAUUUCUGAUGCAAAAUUAUUAAAAAAAAUUUUAGUUAAAGACGAGGCAUUAGGAAGACCGCCGAUGUAUGUUUUCAGCGGUGUGUUUAAAGGAAAGGGAAUUGCGUAUGCACCUAUGCACUUAUGGAGGGAUCAACGUAAAUUUGUAAGUAAUUUUCUAAGGACAUCGGGUGCAGCCAAAUUUUCAUCAAAAAAGAAAACAUUAGAAAAUAUUAUAAAAAAAUAUGUAGAAGAAUUUAUGGAAUUAUUAAACAGUCAAGGAGAAAAAACAAAUCUGAAUCCAUCAGAAGCUAUAGGAAAUUAUGUAAUUAGUGUAGCCAGUACCAUGUUUCUAGGAAAAUCAUUUAACCGAGGGGACAAAAUUCGAAAAACUUUGUUAGACAGCUAUGAUAAAGUUACAAAGCUACUAGCUGUUGGAGGUCCUAUAAAUUUUUUACCAUUUUUACGAUUCCUUCCACAGUACAAACACACAAUUUCUUCACUUACUAAAUAUGUUGAGGACGUUCAUCAUAUUCAAAACCAAUGUAUCGAAAUGGCAGAAAAAUGUUCUUCUAAUAACUCUGAGGACGAAUAUUUAAACCUCAUCGAAGCAUUUUUUCAGCAGAAAUUAAAGUGUGACUCUGAAGAAAUUUAUAACACGGAGCAGUUGCAGUUUUUGCUAUUCGAUGUGUUUGGUGCUAGCAUUGAAACUACUUCAAAUACGUUAUUCUGGAUUCUGUUGUACCUGGCAAAGUACCAAAACGUGCAAAAUAAAGUACGCAACGAACUUAAUAAUGUUUUACAAAACAAAUCUCUACAAAUGGAAGAUUUACAAAAUUUGCCGUAUACGCAUGCCACUAUUUCUGAAGUGUCUAGAAUUCGAACUGUGGUACCAUUAGGUUUUCCUCACUACGCUUUAGAAGAUAUACAAAUAGAAAAUUUUAAGAUACCAAAAGGUUGCAUGAUUUUGUCACUGUUGUGGGCAAUUCAUAUGGACCAGAAAUUUUGGAAGAAUCCUGAAGAAUUUUCCCCUGAUCGAUUUUUAGACGAUGAAGGAAGAUUUCUGCAAUUAGAAGCAUUUCUUCCUUUCCAGACCGGCAAGAGAAUGUGUGUUGGAGAGGAAUUAGGAAAAAUGAUGAUGUUUUUAUUUGUUGCUACCGUGGUGAAAAAUUUUAAAAUUGAGGCAUGUAACUCUGGUGAUGUGGAUUUUUCUCCGAUUUGUGGAUUGACAUUGCUUCCUAAACCGCAAGAGUUAGUUUUCACAAAAAUAUAGAUUUUAACUAUAACUUUUUAAAUUAUAAAGAUAAUUAUAAUAUCAUAAUAAUAUAUAGUUCUGAUGGGAAUGCUAGAAACAAAAUCUCCGUGAACCGAAACUGAGUCGAUUAUAUACACAAAUUUGUUUCCAAAUAUAUGAUUUUCUUAAGUUGCUUAUAAA